AUGCACGCCCGGCUCUUGCUCCUCGUCAUCUGCCUCAUAGCUUCUCGUGCCUUCUCAUUCACCAACUUCGACCAAUGCUUCGAUGACAUCAAAAAAGACAACUCGACCAUGUCUGGAUGGCGGGACAACCACGGUCAUGCCGUCACGGACAUCAAUAAACUCACUGCGAUCUCGUACAAGCUCUGCGUUGAUAGGUGCGGCACCGGGAUCGAGGCAUUCAAGUGGACGGUCUUUUCUCAGCAGUUCAGCAACUGGGUCCUCCCCUGGCUCGCUCUCCUUUCGCAAAUCCCGUUUGGAGCGCGAAAUCGGUACGAUAACAUCAAAGGAGCCAUCUUGACUCUGGGCUCUCCCGCGCUGGCUACCUACUCGUUGACGCUCACUGUGCUCAACGGGUACUGGAUCGCCGAACGAUACCAGAGUGUUAAGCAUCGUCACAAACGCCACGCCGUCCGCGUCCUAAGCGGCCUCCAGCAGGUUGCCUUGCGAAUCUCCACAAACGCAAAUCUUCUGUCCUCCCUGGUACGACUUCCCGAAAACGACAAAUUCUGGCAGACGCUGGACGAGAAACUGGACGCGGAGGCCAGCACUUGGAAUGUCCCCGCCGCAGCGUCCAUCAUCUGGGUGCUCGUCGCGUACGCGUUCACGAUCAUCGCCUCGUUCGAAGAUAUCGAGGGCGGAUUCAACUCAUGGGGCCAAGCCGUCGGAUCAGCAUGGUGCUGGCUAGUGGCGGUCGUCACCGGCUGGCUGCUCAUCUCGCCGAAGUGCAAUCAGAAACGGGUGGAAAGCGCCAUAGUUCACGCAAACGAGCACGCCUUCGUUCACGACGAGAGUGGCGUCGUACGCCCACUGGCACCGCACGAGGAUCACGCUUUCGACGUCACCGCCUCGGACGACUCCCUCUUCACGGACGAGAAGGCCAGCCAACCCGUAUACAACUACGCCCGAUUCCUCCCGUGGACGGAAGCGGUCGAGCAGGUCCGAGAGGAGCUGAAUCGUGCCGUCCACGACAACUCCCCUCCUGCCAGUGCUCCCGCCUUCGAUAGCGUCGCGUUCCCUGUCCAUAACCAGGCCUGGCCACUGAGUGGGACAUGGAGAAAUCGUGUUGGUAGUGAGGCCCGUCUGCUCCUCUCUCCGUUUCCUUCCCGGAAGAAAUGGGGACCGGCGAUUUGGAAAAGGUUGGGCGUUGCGACAUUGGCAGCCGUGUGCUUGCAAUGGGCGACUACGGGCGCUGCCAUCAUCGUGCACUACUUCACCCCUGCAAUGGGAUGGGGAUGCAGGUCUCUCUCGUACCUGAUCUACGGCGGCCUGUCCACGGUGGUGCUAGGGUUACUCAUGCUGUCCAGUCUCUUGGCGCACUCGGCUUCUCCGUAUCCUGCCGCCGAUCCCCUCGGACGACCGCACAGCACGACCCAACAAGUCUGCGCCGUUUUCGCGGUCGGCCUCCGAAGAGUCGGCCAUUUCCUCGCGGCCGUGAAUGCGUUCGGAUUCAUCGUCGGCUGUAUCUUCCACUUCACCAACGUUUACGAUACAUGCUACUGCAACAGCACCGUGCCCGGUCUCGGCGCCGCCCGCGCCUUCUUCGUCUUCCACCUCACGCAUCAGGACAUAUCGGGCAUGACCGUCGCGUACGCGGUCGGCGUUAGUCUUUCCGUUGUCAGCGCUGUGGUCUUCAUCGGUUUCGUGUCCAUGUUCACGGACCCCCCGGCUCCGGAUUGAUCGGCGUCCUGUCGACAGCGCCAAUCCAGCGCAGGCAGCAUUUCGCAAUCGCGCGUCGGACCAGGUUCAGGGUGCAUCGCGCCCGCGCCUCGUGUAUGACAGCAUGGCGAUUACAGCGCAUUCCGCUCGACAUGGAACUC